UGGACAACGAUACCAUGGUUGUUUGAAGAUAUUCUCUGCUGUGAAUCUGGUACUCUUGUGCAAGUCUUGCAUUGUUGAGGUUUUAUAUCCAUGACCUGCGCUACUACUACUACCACCACCACCACCACCACCGCUACCACGUCCACAUGCACCACAUAGCCUAAUGGCACCAUACAAACCACGCCAACGCAAGCACAGGGUGCGCGCGCGAGAAGAGCAAGGCAGCAAACCCCAAGCCGCACAAGAACCUGACUCCAACACCCUCGAACUCCUCCCCGCAGACCAGAAAGCCAGAGCGCAGAAGAAGCAUGAAUUGAGCCGGCUAAUCGACGAUAACGGCGGCCAAGUAACGGGCAAGAAGCGAAAGCGGCUGGAGAAGUUCAUUGACAACAAACUACGCAAGGAACAGAAUCAGGCACUUGUGCGCCAAUUGGAGAAGACUAGGGUCGACACGAGUCUUUACCGAAGCGCGAAGAAUCUGGGCCGUGGUAGGGAUACGAAGAGAGAGGCGCUGAGCAGGGCGGCGCGCGAGAGAAGACUCGGGAUCAAUGUAGAGAAGAAUGAAGAGCUGCUUUUUGUUCAGGCGAGGGAGGAUGAUGGCAGUGGUGAUGAUGGCUCGGAUGAUGACGGUGGUGACGAUGAUCAUGAAGAGGCCGAGAAGCCAGCUGGUGGUAUGAAAGGCUCGGAUCGGGAGGCUGAGGUCGUAGCAAAAGAGGCGGGCGCUUUCGGGGGUGGACUGAAGAGACCGCUCGAACUAGACGCGGACGGAAAGCCGAUGAUCAAGAAGAGGAAGCGUGGGAAAGGGGUUCCUGUGUCGGCGUAUAUUCAGAGACCGGCGCCGGAGGAAGUGCCGUGGGAGGGAUUCAGUUCGAACGACGAGGAUGAAAACGAAGACGAAGAUGAGGAUGAGGAUGGAGGAGUACCGGUGGAAGAAUACCCGAAUGAGGACAAAGAAGAUGAGAGCUCGUCUGGCUCUGAUACUGACGACGAAGGGUUUGACGAGAGCGAGGACGAGUCUGAAGGGGACGAAAGUGACGCCACCAGCCCCAACGAGGAUGAAAAAGUCGCGAAAAAAGCGAGGACCUCCGCGUUCAAGGCAUGGGCAGAUCAAGCAAGAAAUGCGGCCGUCGGCUUCACCCCUUCAGCAAGGUCUGAUGAUCAAGCAUCAAGCUCACUCCCAGCACUCCCAAGACCAAGCAACUUUACUCCGCGUCCUGUCGAAUCUGACCCUCUACCUCAAGAGCUUCAACCCACGAAAAUCGAGCGCAAAGCAUAUGCUGUUCCGGUCAACCGGUCGCCCACUAUACAAGAAGCGCGUGCGGCUCUACCGGUUGUAGCAGAGGAACAGAAGAUCAUGGAAGCGAUACACAGCAAUGAUGUUGUGGUCAUAUGGGGAGCGACCGGUAGCGGUAAAACAACACAGGUCCCGCAGUUCCUCUUUGAGUCUGGAUAUGGCGCCAAGGGCGGACCAACACCUGGAAUGAUUGGCGUCACUCAGCCACGACGAGUCGCAGCUGUGAGCAUGGCAAAACGUGUGGCCGUAGAAUUGGGCGACCAAGCAGACCGAGUGGCCCAUCAGAUCCGCUUCGACGCCUCAGUCACUGAAAAGACUGCCAUUAAGUUCAUGACGGACGGUGUGCUCUUACGGGAAGUUGCACAAGACUUUUUGCUCACCAAAUAUUCGGCUGUCGUCAUUGAUGAGGCCCACGAGAGGAGUGUCAACACGGACAUUCUGAUUGGGUUGCUGAGCAGAAUCGUGGACCUGAGAGCAGACAUGGCCAAGGAAGACGCAAAGAACAGACCGCUGAAACUCGUCAUCAUGUCUGCUACUUUGCGAAUAGCAGACUUCACCGAGAAUCGAAAGCUCUUCAGACAUGCAUCUCCACCAUUGAUACAGGCUGAGGGUCGUCAGUAUCCCGUCACAGAGCACUUCUCGCGCAGAACUAACAGAGACUACGUCGAGGAGGCUUUCCAAAAGGUCUCACGGGGACACAAGAAACUUCCAAAAGGAGGCAUACUUGUAUUCCUCACCGGCCAGAAUGAGAUAAUGGCGCUGGCGAAAAGGCUAAGAGAAGCAUUUCCUUCGACGGAAGAAAGCAGUACUAGUCAUGCUCGUGUCCGAGUGGCAGCAACGGAAGCAUCGCUCGAGACGGAAGAUAUCGAUUUAGGGGGUGGACAGGCAGACUUUGAAGACGAUGACGGUUCUGACGAUGACGAGGCAGAGAUUCGGGGUCUUGAUGACGACGAGGACAAAGAAUUCGAUAUUGGCGAGGAGCCGGACGGGACGAUUACAAAGGCACAUAUCCUGCCACUCUAUUCGCAGCUCCCUACAAAUCAACAGAUGCGCGUAUUCGAAGACCCUCCUGCGGGCUCACGAGCAAUCAUACUAGCCACGAACGUUGCAGAGACCAGUCUGACGAUACCUGGCAUCCGAUAUGUUUUUGAUUGCGGGCGAGCCAAAGAGAGAACAUAUGACGAAGAAACAAAUGUUCAGAGUUUUGAGAUUGGCUGGAUCAGCAAAGCUAGUGCGAGCCAGAGAGCCGGCCGUGCUGGACGAACAGGUCCAGGACAUUGCUAUCGCCUUUACUCAUCUGCCGUCUACGAACGAGACUUUCAGGAACAUGCGCUGCCAGAACUGCUACGCACGCCAAUCGAGGGCAUAGUCCUUCAGCUCAAGGCCAUGGAUCUGCAGCACAUUGUCAACUUCCCGUUCCCAACUCCGCCUGAUCGAGCUGGUCUCGCCAAGGCAGAAAAGCUGCUUGCGUAUCUGGGUGCAACAGCUCUUGAUGGUAAGAUCACCAAGCUCGGCCGCCAGCUCUCGCUGUAUCCUCUCAAUCCUAGGUUCUCGCGUAUGCUUGUGAUGGGCCAAGGCAACAAUUUGACCGCGCAGGCCAUUGCCUUGGUCGCUGCGUUGUCGAUACCCGAGGUGUUUAUCCAGGAGAACCAACUGAACCUACCUCCACAUAUGUCUGACGAUCCGAACAGAGUCAGAACCAACGAAGAUAAUCUAGCGGACUCUGAGAGAGCACAAGUGAUGAGGCGCUACCGCAAGGCGCAUUCCAUAUUGACAUCCGCAGAGGACCGCUCUGCUGAUUGUAUAAAGCUGUUGCGAGCACUGGGAGGCUUCCUUUUCGCUGCCGCAUCGUCAGAAAGCCACGGCGCCGAAGAGUUCUGCGACGCGCAUUUCCUACGCUACAAAGCACUCCAAGAAGCCUCACAACUGCGUUCCCAACUCUCUCACAUCAUCCGCACACACUAUCCCGGCUCCCUCCCGGCCACCGACAAGCCGCUCAACCCGCCGACAGCAAAAGAAGUCAACUCACUGAGGCUUAUAUGCGCCGCCGGCUUCAUCGACCAAGUUGCCAUCCGCGCUGACCUCGCACCCACCCCAGACGCCAGUCUAUCCAGCAUCACGCAAACCCCCAAACGCGCCAUCGACGUCCCAUACACCCCUCUCUUCCCCACCAAAAGCGCAGACUCCUCUCCUUUCGUAUAUCUCCACCCUUCCUCCCUCCUCGCCCGCUCCGCAUCCUCAAAAUCCGCCCCCAUGUUCAACCUCCCCAUCUUCAUCGUCUACGCCCGUCUUCAGCGCUCCGCAUCCUCCACCAUCCACACCGACGUCGUGCCCAAGACCCGCAUGCAUCCCUUGACUCCGCUGACGCGAGACGAGCUGGCUCUGAUUGCGCGCGGCUCGCCGCUCGCGCGCUACAGUAAGCCUGACGUGGGCAGUAAGGUUGUGGAUCUGCCUAGUGAAGGGGGUGUGGAGAGGAGAGAGGUUACGGUGCGGAUGAGUGUUGUGCCGGGGGCGCAGGGCGAGGGGAGUGCGGGGCUGGGAUGGCCUUUGGGCUUGAGGCGUGUUGUACAGUGUAAGAUGAAGGGCAAGGGGUGGGUUUUUGAGAGGGAGGUUUAG